UCGAUAAAAAGAGAGAACUUCAAGAGACAGAUCUACAGAUCUACAGAAGCUAAAAGCUUACACAGAGAAAGAUAAAAAGAAAACCUGAAACUCAACGAGAUCAACUUGAUCAGAGAAACGUUUUGCAACACUAGUUGAUGAGAGAAUCUUGUAUAAAAAUUUUAUAAAAAUAGAGCAAAAAUGUCUGCUGGAAUGAAAAACCUGAAAUUAACUUCUUUCAUCUUCUUCACUCUGUUUUGCUGGGUGUCUGCUCAGGAGUGCAGUGGCGAGUGCAAGUGUCCUGAUAUGCCCCCUGCAUGCCCUUCUGGUGUGAGCUUGGUCAUGGAUGGUUGUAGCUGCUGCAAGGUGUGUGCCAAACAGAUUGGGGAGCUCUGCACUGAGAACGACAUCUGUGACCAUCACAAAGGGCUUUUUUGUGACUUUGGCUCCCCUAUGAAUCGCAGAAUCGGAGUUUGCACAGCCAAGGAAGGUUCUCCCUGUAUCUUUGGAGGCAUGGUGUACAGGAGUGGAGAGAGCUUCCAGAGCAGCUGUAAAUACCAGUGCACCUGCCUGGAUGGGGCGCUCGGCUGUGUGCCCCUCUGCAGCGUGGACAUCCUCCUUCCAAGCCCAGACUGCCCCAUGCCACGACGAGUUAAGGUCCCAGGAAAAUGCUGUGAGGAGUGGGUGUGCGAUUACCCAAGACAACAAACCAUGGUUGGACCUGCCCUGGCUGCUUACAGAGAGGAAGCUACCUAUGGUCCUGACCCUUCCAUGAUGCGUGCCAACUGCCUGGUUCAGACCACUGAAUGGAGCGCAUGCUCCAAGACUUGCGGCAUGGGAAUCUCUACCAGGGUCACCAACGACAACAAGCAAUGCAGGCUGGAGAAGCAAACCAGACUGUGCAUGGUCAGACCAUGCGAGUCACAGAUGGAGGAGAGUAUUAAGAAAGGAAAGAAGUGUAUCCGCACCCCCAGGAUCUCCAAGCCCAUGAAAUUCGAGUUUUCCGGCUGCACCACUACUAAAACCUACAGGCCCAAGUUCUGCGGAGUCUGCACCGAUGGCCGCUGCUGCACUCCCCACAGAACAGCCACCCUCCCCGUGGAGUUCAAGUGCCUUGACGGUGAGGUGAUGAAGAAGAAGAUGAUGUUCAUCAAGUCCUGCGCCUGCCACUACAACUGCCCUGGGGAGAACGACAUCUUCCAGUCCAUGUACUACCGAAAAAUGUUUGGAGACAUUGCUUAAAAAAUCUAACAACAAAAUACUGUUGACUGUUAACUUGAAUUAAACAGAUAUCCAUCUCAUUUGUAGAGAUAACAAAAUACACAUUUUGCAUUUCUUAGUUUUUACAAAAGAAAAAAAAUGCAGAAAUGUGUUAUAUAUAUAUAUAUAUAUAUAUAUAUAUAUAUAUAUAUAUAUAUAUAUAUAUAUAUAUAUAAAUAUAUAUAUAUUGUUUCGACAUAUGUCUGAGGCCAGUUGCUUUAUAGACAGUUGCCCCUAAGUGGGUUUGAAAGACAGUGGGUUGCCCCACAAAAAAAAUGCUGCACUAUAUAUAGUCCAAUAGAAGGACUACCAAGAGGUGGUUGCAAAUUGACAGAUACUACCAAACUGCGGUGAGGUGUCCCACUGACUUGGCAGUUUUGAAACUCAUAGCACUUAUGGUUAAGAUGGAUGAAGACUUCAGUCCAACUUUAGCCAGUUGUGUGCUAGACGAAUGUGCUCUUAUUAUUUGUUUAUUGUUACAUUAUUAGCAUUUAAUCUGAAAAAAAAACUUUCACCAUAACAAGGUGCUAUGUGAAUGUGAUGUAAUGUUUAAUACAGCACUGAAAAAAAAAAUGAAUCUAACUUUCUAGUUCAGAAUGCUGUAAAAGAGUUGUGUAAAAAAAAAAAGGCUGGAUGAUUUGUUGGAGUUUCUGUCCUUCAGCUGUAAUAUUUUUGUAAAUAUUGUCCAUGUUUUGUACAGUUGUCUACGUUAUUUAACAUUAUGUGCCUUUUUGUUUACUGCUUUGAUACUUUUAUUGGUAGCUUGUUUGUUAAAGUGACUGUUUAUGCAACAGUAUGUUUAAUGUCUGUCGAGAAGUGUGAUCAAAAGUAUGCACUUUUGUAGUUUGGAAUAAAGUAUUAUAUAUUUUUAUAUAAAUAA